AUGCAAGUGAUUCCUGAAAGGUCGAAUGUGACAUUCUCGAACCCCAAAUACGUAUCCAAUCUGACAUUAAACAUUCGGCGGUACAGCAGGAAGUCUGCCUACUACAUCAACUUGAUGGGCAUUAACAAGCAAACCUGGACUAACAAUAUUACGGUCGAUGUUAAAAUCAACCAGUACUUGCACAAUGAGUACCGGCCCUCAUUCGUGGGCGGCCAAAUGAAGUUCUGCGACCUCAUCAAUAAGGAGCCCUUCAUUGGCGGCGCUUUGAAGAUCGCGGGCUUGGCAUGUCCCUUGCCUGCUGGCUAUCACGCUGUAAUGAACAUCACGGAGCCGCCGGCGACAGAAAAUUUCCCCUACGUGUUUCCCUUCGAGAAGGGCCGCAUAGAUUUCAUAGUGACCCUGAGCAGCACGGGCGAGCUAGUGUUAAAGGCUUUUAUCGAAGUUAGGUUCAAGCAAAAAUGAUUUAUUUGUAUUUAAAUAAUUCAAAUAAACAAUGUUGUCAGCAUCAG